AAAAAAAAACUCUUCUCUCUUCUGGCUAAUUAACAAAGCAUCUAAACCGAACCAAACCGAACCAAACCGGUUUGGUCAUUGUUCUCUGUCCAGCUGCUAAGCUUUGUCUCUAUCUCCGAAUCCUUAAACAAGAAUGGCGUCGAAGAAGAUGACCAAGAGUUACUUCGAUGUUCUUGGAAUUUGCUGUACAUCGGAGGUUCCGUUGAUUGAGAACAUUCUCAAAUCCAUGGACGGUGUUAAAGAAUACUCUGUUAUUGUUCCGUCAAGAACCGUCAUCGUCGUCCACGACACUCUCAUCCUCUCCCAGUUCCAAAUCGUGAAAGCACUGAACCAAGCACGGUUAGAAGCAAAUGUGAGGGUAACCGGAGAAACAAAUUUCAGGAAUAAAUGGCCAAGUCCCUUUGCGAUGGUUUCCGGCCUACUUCUCCUCCUCUCUUUCUUCAAAUACCUUUACUCUCCGUUCCGUUGGCUCGCUGUCGCAGCCGUCGUCGCCGGAAUUUAUCCAAUACUGGCCAAAGCUGUAGCAUCCCUUGCAAGGUUUAGAAUCGACAUCAACAUUCUUGUUAUUAUAACUGUUGGAGCAACAAUUGGUAUGAGAGAUUACACAGAAGCUGGAGUAGUUGUCUUCUUAUUCACAAUCGCUGAAUGGCUCCAGUCAAGAGCUAGCUAUAAGGCAAGUGCAGUGAUGCAGUCUUUGAUGAGUUUAGCUCCACAAAAGGCAAUGAUUGCAGAAACUGGAGAAGAAGUUCAAGUGGAUGAGCUCAAGAUCAACACAGUUAUAGCUGUCAAAGCUGGUGAAACCAUACCAAUUGAUGGAGUUGUUGUGGAUGGAAACUGUGAAGUUGAUGAGAAAACCUUGACCGGCGAAGCAUUCCCCGUGCCUAAACUCAGAGAUUCGACGGUUUGGGCUGGAACCAUCAAUCUAAAUGGUUACAUAACUGUGAAAACCACUGCUCUAGCUGAGGAUUGCGUGGUUGCGAAGAUGGCAAAGCUUGUCGAAGAAGCUCAGAACAGCAAAACUGAAACUCAGAGAUUUAUAGACAAAUGUUCCAUGUACUAUACUCCAGCGAUCAUCCUGAUAUCAGUUUGUUUUGCGGCUAUCCCAUUCGCAUUGAAGGUUCACAACCUGAAGCAUUGGAUUCACUUAGCACUAGUUGUGUUAGUUAGUGCUUGUCCUUGUGGGCUUAUCCUCUCGACACCAGUAGCCACUUUCUGUGCACUCACUAAGGCAGCCACAUCAGGACUUUUGAUCAAAGGAGCUGAUUAUCUUGAAACUUUAGCCAAGAUCAAGGUUGUUGCUUUUGAUAAAACCGGGACUAUCACUAGAGGCGAGUUCAUCGUCAUGGAUUUCCAGUCACUUUCUGAAGAUAUAAGCCUGCACAGCUUGCUUUACUGGGUAUCAAGCGCAGAGAGCAAGUCAAGCCAUCCAAUGGCUGCUGCACUUGUGGACUAUGCAAAAUCUGUCUCUGUUGAACCUAAGCCUGAAGCGGUCGAGGAUUACCAGAACUUCCCAGGAGAAGGAAUCUAUGGGAAGAUUGAUGGCAAAGAAGUCUAUAUUGGUAACAAAAGGAUUGCUUCUAGAUCUGGGUGUUCAUCAGUUCCAGAUGUUGAUGUUGAUACAAAAGGAGGAAAGACAAUUGGAUAUGUCUAUGUUGGAAAAACACUGUCAGGUGUUUUCAAUCUCUCAGAUGCUUGUAGAUCUGGUGUAGCUCAAGCAAUGAAAGAAUUGAAAGCUUUGGGAAUUAAGACUGCGAUGCUGACCGGAGAUAAUCAAGCCGCUGCAAUGCAUGCUCAAGAACAGCUUGGGAAUGCUAUGGAUAUUGUUCGUGCGGAGCUUCUUCCAGAAGGUAAAUCUGAAAUCAUCAAAGAGUUUAUGAGAGAAGAAGGGUCAACAGCUAUGGUAGGGGAUGGGUUGAAUGAUGCACCAGCUUUAGCUACAGCGGAUAUUGGUAUCUCAAUGGGUGUUUCCGGCUCUGCAAUUGCAACAGAGACUGGUAAUAUAAUUCUGAUGUCCAAUGACAUCAGAAGAAUACCGCAGGCAAUCAAACUUGCGAGAAGAGCGAAAAGGAAAGUGGUGGAGAACGUGGUCACAUCGAUCACUAUGAAAGGAGCUAUUCUUGCGUUGGCAUUUGCCGGUCAUCCGCUGAUUUGGGCAGCUGUUCUUGCAGAUGUAGGAACUUGUCUGCUUGUGAUCCUCAAUAGCAUGUUGUUGCUCAGUGAUAACCAUAAAACUGGAAACAAAUGUUAUAGGGAGUCUUCUUCUUCUUCUAUAGUGGAGAAACUUGAAGGUGAUGCUGCUGGGGACAUGGAAGCAGGCUUAUUACCAAAGAUCAGCGAUAAGCAUUGCAAGUCAGGCUGCUGUGGAACGAAGACUCAAGUGAAAGUGAUGCAACCAGCUAAAUCCAGUUCGGACCAUAGUCACUCUGGUUGUUGUGAGAAGAAACAGAAAGACAAUGUAACGGUUGUGAAAAAGAGCAGUUGUGCAGAACCUGUUGAUUUAGUACAAGGCCAUGACUCAGGGUGUUGUGGUAACAAGAGUCAACAACCAAAUCAACACGAGGUGCAACAAAGCUGUCAUAACAAGCCAUCUGGCCUGGACAUUGGAACUGGCUCACAACAUGAAGGUUCUUCAACCGUAGUCAAUCUGGAAGGAGAUGAGCAAGAGGAAGUAAAAGUCUCGGUCAAAGGUUGUUGUUCAAGUCCUGCUGAUCUCGCGGUGACUAGCUUGAAAGUGAAGAGCGAUGGACAUAGCAAGUCAAGCUGCUGUGAAAGUUCUAAGAGGGACAAAGAAGGAGCCAGUUCUCAGGUAAAAACGAAGAAGGCUUGCAAGUCUAACUGUAGCAGCAGAGAGAAGAGCCACCAUGGUAGCAGCUGUUGCAGUAGCUAUGCUAAAGAGUGUUGCAGUCACCAUCACCACCACACAAGGGCUAAUGGCAUUGGAAGCUUGAAAGAGAUUGUGAUUGAAUAGCUUUAGCUUCUCGCUCACAUUUGUACUCAUAACCUUUCAUCUUGCAAACAUCAGUAAGGAUGAUGUAAUUGAUCGAGAAACCAUGUGAUUCAUCAAGGAGAUGUGAAUGAUCCUAUUGUAAACUUAUCUUUCAA